GAGCCGCGAGAACACAGCCCACCAUGGCCCUUGGCAGACUAUCCAGCCGGACUCUGGCUGCCAUGCUACUGGCAUUGUUCCUGGGUGGCCCAGCACUGGCCUCAGAGAUUGUUGGUGGCCGGCCGGCCCGGCCCCAUGCUUGGCCCUUCAUGGCAUCCCUGCAGAGGCGUGGAGGUCAUUUCUGUGGUGCCACCCUCAUUGCCAGGAACUUCGUCAUGUCAGCAGCCCACUGUGUGAACGGCCUAAAUUUCCGGUCAGUGCAGGUAGUGCUGGGAGCCCAUGACCUGCGGCGACAGGAGCGCACUCGACAGACCUUCUCUGUGCAGCGGAUCUUCGAGAAUGGCUUUGACCCAUCACAACUGCUGAACGACAUUGUGAUUAUCCAGCUCAAUGGCUCCGCUACCAUUAACGCCAACGUGCAGGUGGCCCAGCUGCCUGCCCAGGGCCAGGGCGUGGGUGACAGAACUCCAUGUCUGGCCAUGGGCUGGGGCAGGUUGGGCACAAACAGACCAUCACCCAGUGUGCUACAAGAGCUCAAUGUGACAGUGGUGACUAACAUGUGCCGCCGUCGUGUGAACGUAUGCACUCUGGUGCCACGUCGGCAGGCAGGCAUCUGCUUCGGGGACUCUGGCGGACCCUUGGUCUGUAACAACCUUGUCCAAGGCAUUGACUCCUUCAUCCGAGGAGGCUGUGGAUCUGGAUUGUACCCAGAUGCCUUCGCCCCUGUGGCUGAGUUUGCAGAUUGGAUCAAUUCCAUUAUCCGAAGCCAUAAUGACCACCUUCUUACCCAUCCCAAAGACCGAGAGGGCAGGACCAACUAGGACCUGUCUGCACUCCCACCCCGCUCCCCUUGCUCCCUUGCUCCCCCCUCUACCAGAGACCUCUCCAUUUUACUACAAUAAAAGCAGCCUUUGUUUUGU